CACACACACACACACUGCGCCAUUUGCUUCAGACACACGUGUGUUCGGCGCUCAGCUGCAUGCCAUGAGUUCAAGCCGGAGGUAAUAAUACUAAUAAUUGAUCGUAUAAAUCCUCAUCCUCAUCAUCCUCAUGCCGAAGGUGAAGAAGAGCAGCGGCGCGCUGUCUCUGGCAGAUCAGAUCCUGCAGGGAGACGCGGUCCGGAGCAGCGGCCGCCUGAAGAACCGGAGCCGGAGCCGGAGCGAGGAGGAGCAGGAGUAUGUGGACGAGAAACUGUCCCGAAAGAUCCUCCAGCAGGCCAGAAUACAACAGCAGCAGCUGCAGAGCGAGCUGGGACUCACUCCAGACACCAGGAGACCACCAGCCACUCGACUAGGUCCGAGUGCACAGGACGGAGACUCUGAUGACGAGUGGCCGGCGCUGGGCGAUGAUGCUGCGGAGGAGACGGGUGGAGAGGUGGACGUGGAUCCUGAGGACGAGAAGGCCAUCGAGAUGUUCAUGAACAAGAACCCGCCGCUCAGACGCACGCUAGCCGACAUCAUCAUGGAGAAGAUCACGGAGAAGCAGACGGAGGUGGGCACCGUGAUGUCCGAGGCGUCGGGACGCGCCGCUCCUCAGCUGGACCCGCGGGUGCUGGAGGUGUACAGAGGCGUCAGCAAGGUCCUGUCGAAAUACCGCAGCGGGAAACUUCCCAAAGCCUUCAAGAUCAUCCCGGCUCUCUCCAACUGGGAGCAGGUGCUGUACCUCACUGAGCCGGAGACGUGGACGGCCGCCGCCAUGUACCAGGCCACCAGGAUCUUCUCGUCUAAUCUGAAGGAGCGAAUGGCUCAGCGCUUCUACAAUCUGGUGCUGCUGCCCAGAAUCCGAGACGACAUCGCCGAGUUCAAGCGGCUGAACUUUCACCUGUACAGCGCGCUGAAGAAAGCACUCUUCAAACCCGGAGCCUGGUUCAAAGGUGAGCGGCGUAAACUAAAGGAGAGUAGUUCCUGUAACUGAACACUAGAGGACGCUGUUAUUCUCGUAAUUGUAGUUUUUGCGUGCUACUAAUCCGCCGUUAUACGUUGCAGCGCCGCCAUGCUGAAAAUUGCAGAGAUGGAGUACAACGGAGCCAACAGUAUUUUCCUGCGGCUGCUGCUGGAUAAGAAGUACGCGCUGCCCUUCCGCGUGCUGGACGCUCUGAUCGCACACUUCCUGUUGUUCCGCGCGGACAGACGGAUGCUGCCAGUGCUGUGGCACCAGAGCCUGCUGACGCUAGUGCAGCGCUACAAAGCUGACCUGUCCUCCGAACAGAAGGAGGCACUGCUGGAGCUGCUGAAGUGCCAGACGCAUGCGCAGAUGUCGUCCGAGAUCCAGCGCGAGCUGCAGAGCGCUGAGUCACGCGACCUGGAGGACGCUACGCCUGCCAUGAGCUUCCACUGAGCCGCGGACUCUCAUCAGAACGCCAUCAGUUUGUGUUGCAGUGUAUUUCACAGUUUUUGCAGUAAUGCAAUGUUCAUAUUUUUGGACUAAAGUUGGUUAAAACUUGAGUUACGAGGUAAUAAAAUCAUGUUGUA